AUGCCAGUUCACCGUGGGGGGCAUCGAGGUGUUGUUCCCCUUUGCAUCCCCAUUGGAGCCACAGAAGGCAGUGAUGAAGAGCGUGUUGGAGGCCUUGACUCUUUGCAAGCAUUCCGUCUUGGAGAGUCCCACAGGCACCGGCAAAACGGCCGCUGUGCUUUGCGCUGCCAUUGCUUGGCAGAGGCACCGCAUGGCCAAGGCUGGCGCGGCGCCGCAGAUCAUGUACGCCACCCGGACGCAUGCCCAAGUUCGUCAAGCCAUGCAGGAGCUCAGGUCCUGCAAGCGGAUGAUGACGGGCAAAUUCGGCAAGCUUGCCGACAAGCGCGCAGCCAGAAGACCUGCCAAUUUCAUGUUGGCUUGGAGUCACGUGAGCUUCCUUUGCUGGCCACUGAGAUGCUGAGGGGCCCAGAGCCGUGGGACAUAGAGGAUGCUGCCCGGUUUGCCACGUCCACAAACUCUUGCCCCUACUACUUGGCACAUUCCUUGGCCCGCCAUGCAGAGAUCGUCUUCUGUCCAUACAGCUAUGUGCUGGACCCGUCAGUGCGCCAGGCCUCAGGGCUGAGUUGUGCAGAUCUGACAGGCCGCAUUGUGAUUUUGGAUGAGGCCCACAACGUGGAAAAUGUGUGUCGCGAUGCUGGUUCUGCUGAGCUAAGCUUGGAUCAAUUGCAGAGUGCACUCUCUGCAGUAAAGCGUGUCAUAGGAGAGGAGCAGCCUCGGCACUCUGUGCCGCACCCGACCGUACAGGUUGCUUCGAAGACGAAGGCUUCGGUCGAAGAGCUCGGAGGCUUUUUCCUGCCAGCCACUGUUUGUGAGGCGUCAGAGGCACCCUCACACAGUGCGCGGGUGCCUGCAAAGCGGCCUCAGUUUGUGCUGGCCGUGCGGCCUUUGGCUGCUCUGCUUCAGCGCCUCUGCCAUUAUUUGUCCGACAUCCAGGAGGCCACGACUUUUGCGCCCCACCUGGCGGAGCACCGCCGGGUGCCCGCGCUGCUGCGCAUCCUGCGCCUGGAUUCGGAGCCUCUGCUGCGCCUGGACGGCGCCGUGCCGCGCGCCGAGGCGCUGCUGCGGGAAGUGGUCGGCCGAGGCCUCGGCGGCUUCUGCUCGGCGCAGCUGGAGAUGGCCGCCGGGCUGGUGGGGCACUUGGCGGCGGCCGCCCGGCAGCCGGAGUUGUAUGUGGCCCAGGCCCAGCCAGGAGGACAAGGAAAGAGACCUGUGCUGCACCUUUGGCUGAUGAGUGCGGAGGGAACCCUGGCAAGACUGGCCAAUGAGCUGCACGCCUUUCUGUUGAUGUCUGGCACGCUGUCCCCACUCACGGCAACCGUGGCGGAGCUGGGUCCUACCUUCCUGUCAAGAGCGCUUGCACCCGUCGCAGCCAACCAUGUUGUUGAACAAGAGGCGCUCAGAGUGGUCACUGUGUCGCAGUUGUCUGCUUCGACCACCACAAAGCUUGAAUGCACCUUCCACGCAUGGAAGCGAUUGCCGUUCUUGAUGUCUAUUGGGUCUGCUUUGCUGCGAGUCGUGAAGUCCAUACCAGCAGGGGUCCUAGUCUUCCUGCCAUCAUAUGACUUGUUGGAGAGAUGCCUCGAAGCCUGGCAGAGAAAGGGCGAUGACAACACUCUUGGUGCUGCGUCUGGCCGGCGAGGUCAGGGGAAGGCGAGGCAAUCAACGAAGAAGCGCUACCGCGGAGCUGUCGAACGGGUUCCCGAAGAAGCCCAAGAGCCUUCGUCAGGACAAAGCAUUCUGGAUGAGCUCCGGGAGGCCAAAGGAAUGAUUGUGGUGGAGCCUGCUCCGAUGUGUCAGAGCUCUUCAGCUUAUGCGGCGCGAGUCUAUGAAGGUGCGAGAAACCGCUACGAGCAAGCCGUGCUGCAGAACGGGCAAGCUGUUUUGCUGGCAGUGUACCGUGGCAGGAUGAGUGAGGGAGUGUCCUUCGAUGAUGACUUUGCACGCGGGGUGGUUUGUAUCGGCAUCCCCUUCCCCAACCUCACGGAGGAGCGCAUUGCGCAGAAGCGUGCUUGCAACGACUUCUGGCAGUCGAGGGGGCUGAGCAGUGUGUCAGGGAAUGCCUGGUAUGAAUCCAAGGCACUGCAUGCUGUUGCACAGGCGCUGGGCCGUUGUAUCCGACAUCCUCGGGAUUUCGGUGCCUUGGUGCUGCUGGACAGUCGAUGGUCCGAGCUGGGGAAAGCAGCCCAACUGCCGCAGUGGCUGCAGCCCUUCAUGGUGGAUCGAGGGGAUGCAGACAGCGCGGCCCUUUUGGUGCAGGAGCAUUUCAGAGCCUUGGCGCACCGGCGGCCCACGCAGCCGGGAGUUGGUGGCCAAAUCAAGCGCGAGCCUGAGCUCAAGGAUGAGAAAGAGGAGCUUAAGGACGAAAUCAAGGAAGAGGUCAAGGACGAAAUCAAGGAAGAGGUCAAGCAGGAAAUCAAGGAAGAGGUUAAGCAGGAAAUCAAGGAAGAGGUCACGGAGGAUGAUGCGGCUGCGGAUGUUGCACAACCAGUCUACGGGUUACAGCCUGACUUGAGGGACGCAGGUCCCUUGGCCGUGUCGCAUUCCAUACCUCGGUCACAACUGGCAGCGUUGGAUGGCAAGAAGAGUGCUAGACCAGACGCUCAGCUUUUUCAAGUACCGCUGGUGAGUGCCACACGUGGGGCCUGUUUGGAUCUUGAUAGCGAUUGA